AUGUGGACCAUACUUAUUGUCGCGUGUAUUGCAGCAGUGUCUGCUGAGCCCCGAAACUUUCAUGGAGAGAGAGUAUUUCGGGCGUUUCCACAAACCUAUGAACAAACACAACUGAUCAAAUCCUUGGGUGAACAUGCAAAGCUUGACUUUUGGGCUCCUGACAAUGUGGAUCUUUUAGAACCAGGCAGACAAGUUGACUUCCGUGCUGACAGACAGGUGUCUUAUGAUGUUCAGGCCAUGCUCGAGCAGAGUGGAAUUCCCUUUGAAAUUCUGAUCGAUGACCUGCAGCUUGCACUGGAAAAGCAGCGUGACAGCAACAUUCGUGCAGUACACAGCUAUGAGAAAUACAAUGAUCUUGACACUAUCAAUGCCUGGUCCGCUAACAUCGCCGCUCAGAACCCUACUUUGGUGACACGCUCUCAGCUUGGAACCUCAUACCAGGGACGUCCUCUGUAUUUGCUUAAGGUCGGAAGAAGUGGAGCAAACAAGAAGGCUAUCUUCAUUGACUGUGGAUUCCAUGCUAGAGAAUGGGUCUCCAUUGCUUUCUGCCAGUGGUUUGUAAAGGAAGCAGUUAACUCUUAUGGGGUCAAUUCUCAGUUUACCAACCUCUUGAACAACCUGGACUUCUAUGUUCUUCCAGUUCUCAACGUUGAUGGUUAUGUGUACACCUGGACAACAAACCGCAUGUGGAGAAAAACUCGCUCUGCUAACCAGGGUUCCACCUGCAUUGGGACUGAUCCAAACAGAAACUUCAAUGCUGGAUGGUGCACUGCCGGAGCCUCUAAUAGAGCUUGUGAUGAAACAUACUGCGGUACUGCUCCUGAAUCUGAAAGGGAAACGAAAGCUUUGGCUAACUUUGUGCGUGCCAACAUUGGCUCCAUCAAGGCUUACCUGACUAUCCACUCCUAUUCCCAGAUGCUGCUGUUUCCUUACUCUUACUCCUAUGCUCAGGCCAAAGAUCAUGUUGAACUGAAUAAUGUUGCCAAGGGUGCCGUUGAUGCUUUGACUGCACUGUAUAAAACUAAAUACACCUAUGGUCCUGGCGGAGCUACAAUCUACCUUGCUGCUGGAGGCUCUGAUGACUGGGCAUAUGAUGCUGGUGUGAAAUAUUCUUACACAUUUGAGCUGCGUGACACCGGAAGAUAUGGAUUUGCUCUACCUGAAAGUCAAAUCAAACCCACUUGCGAGGAAACUUUGCUUGCUGUCAACUACAUUGCCAACCACGUCCUGAAUAACGCUUAA